AUGUCUACAAGCACAACAGAAACCACCCCACGUCUCCUCCGCCUCUCCAUAUCCCUCUACCGAAACCCAAACAUCACAAGUGAAGCCGGUCACGACUUCGCCCGCAACAACCACGCCAUCAAAGCCGCUCCCAUGCACGCAACCCACGGCAUAAAGUCCUACGUCCAAUCCUUCACACCCCUCCCCUACCGCAAGACCCUCGAAGAAAUGAACGCCCGUCGCAACCGCGGCUGGGUGGUCGACGACCACGACAUGACGGUCGAAUUCUACUUCAGCACCUUCGCCGACCUGGCGAAGAUCACGAAUGAUCCAGAGUUCCAGAAGCUGCAGCAGGAGGAGGAGCCGUAUGUGAAUCGUACGCAUACGGUUGUGUCGCUGGGCUGGGUCGAGCAGUAUGUUGUUGAUGGGGCGGUGGUUAAUAUUAGGGAUGGGAAGUCGACGUAUCCGUCUUUUGAGGAGUUGACGGAUCUAGCGAGUGCUGCUGGUACAGCGGCUCCUGCUACGUCUAGCUGA